UUUUCAGAAAUUACAGCAGACGUUGGCCGCUGGGAUGAUUCCUGUACUGCGUUUGGCCUCAUUCAUGGCUUUUCUGCCGGUGGCGCAGAGAGUUCAGCACAAGAUGUUGUUGUCUGAUGCUAUUAGCCUGUUAAGGCAUACUAUGCACUCAUUGUCGGUGAGACGACGUUAUUUAAUCCGGCCAAGAUUACAAGGAAUWUACACCUCUUUGUGUUCCAUCGACAUGCUAAUUUCAGCAAAAUUGUUUGAUGAUGACUUGGUUAAGCGGAUCAAAGKGAUAAAUGAACUGGCUAAGGUGUCUGUUGGUUAUCCURACCUAGGUGUUCCUGGGAGGUACAACAMCAAGUAUAAUGCUUUCCAGAAUGCUAGAGGAAGCGUGAGAGGRCGGCGCCGGAUUUGGCGGGGACCGUACUCCCGACGAGGUCCCAGAGAAGAGCCUACACCAGCUUCAAGAUGGGAGAUAUCAUGGAUCAGAGGGGACAGGCUGGCAAACCUCCUGAUCGUGAUUGACAAACGGCUUCCACGCCACAACGAUCUUCUGGUGGCUUCACACGACCCGAUCCAGUUCCACCCACUUCGAGGACGGCUGAUAAUCGCCGCCUGCAAAGUAUCAGGAGUGCCCUCAAACAUCAGGGACUUCAGGACUCAGUCAUUGAUGUCAUCUGUUCCAACUGGCGACCGGGAACUCAAAACAGUACAGUAUUUGUAUGCAUGGCACAAAUUCCUUGUUUGGACUAUUGGGCGAUCAUGCUGUGCCAAUGAAGUGACUGAAACCACAGUAAUUGCAUACUUGGACUUUCUUAAAGAGAGUGGGAGCUCAUAUACAAUAAUUAACACUCAUAAAUCAUGCAUACUUCAGACUUUACAGGUCUCAGGUGCUACUUGGGUCUUAAAUCCUAGGUGGUUGCUCAGGUACAUGAAAGGACUAUUUCAUUUACGGCCACCAAGGCCUCAUUACACUUGGACAUGGGAUGUCAGUAGUGUUUUGACUUAUUUCCUCAUCAAAGUUUAAGUUUGUAAAAUUUGACAUUAAAGCUUACAGCAUUGCUGGCAUUGGUCACAGCAGCAAGAGCUCAGACACUGAUCGAGUUAGAUUUAAGUUAUCUGCAAGUAGCAGGCGAUCACUUUAAAGUGAAUUUUUAAUUUAUGAACUCACUAAAACAAGUAAGUUGGGCAAACUGAUUCAGGAGAUUUUUCUGGAGAGAUACUCUAAACCAGAAAUUUGUGUAUUGGACACAUUGUUUGAAUAUAUUUGUCGCACUCGGGAACUAAGGACGRCAAGUGGAUUGUUGAUUUCAUACAAGAUUUUUUCGGCGGUGUCUACAUGCACUAUAGCCAGAUGGCUACAGACAGUGCUCAUUAAUGCAGGAAUUGAUGUGACUGUUUUUAAACCCCACUCUUACAGAGGAGCUUCUGCUUCAGCAGCAUUUAACAGUGGCGUUUCACUGAAACAGAUUCUAUGGACCGCAGAUUGGUCUUCAGUUAAUACGUUUAAAAAGUUUUACUACCGAGAGUCCGGGGAAGGGAUUAAGUUCUCAGAGAGAAGUUUGAGUUGUCAUUUCAGAUGAUCGGAAUUUUCUUUCUGAAAAUAAAUUUUGUUGGAAUUUAUCUCCAUUGAGGUUGUGUGGUUGAAUCCUGUGAAUUAGCCCACACAAGCAGUGUGAUUGUCAUCAGCUUUGAACAUGCUGCUUACAUCUCUGAGA